AAUUCGAUAAUUAGCUGACAGAUGCGUCAAGUGUGCAGAGUGCGGCAAUUCAAUCGAUUAUAUCUUCCUUUUACGUUGUCAUCAGUGUAGCAAACGACAACAUGGCCACCGCCACCAUAUGGAUCUGAAACUUGCAGAUACAAAAAACCAUUAGAACGAGUGUAUUGGCUUUUGGUGACAGUAUCUAUUUACAACAUGAUGGGACAGAAGCUGUACGCAGUAUUGUAUGUCGUGUUCUCGUGCUUUCCUCUGUUACACGCCUGGUUGAACAGCGUGGACCUGACUCUCAGAGAAAGUGGUCAUUCCGGGAUUCACAGCCACGACUCACGGCAUGGAGGAAUCAGGAUGGGGGUCCCGGACGAUCUCUGUGAUAACGGAAAGAACCACCUUCACGUGGACUGGAAUUUAAAAGAUCCCUCUCUCUACAGCUGUACCUCCAGACUUGUCGUACCCAUAGCUCCGGCAACAAAAGCAAGACCCUACUGCACAGACCACGAGGACAUGCCUAUACAUGUCUGCAUGAAUGAGACAAUAACAUACCAAGAUACAAUACCUUUAAGCGGUCGACAUCGGCCUCUCUGGCCUGUUUAUGGAGAAUAUCUUUACCUCCCUCCACAAAGAUGGGUGCAUUCAUUGGAGCAUGGUGCUGUUGUCAUGUUGUACCAUCCAUGUGCCAGAAAGGAUGACGUAGAGAAAUUGAAGGCCAUAGUAGAGGGAUGUAUAAGACGUCACGUGAUAACGCCAUAUAAUAAGAUGCCAUUAGCAGAGCCGUUUGCCCUUGUGACUUAUAAAUGCCGACUAACUAUGAACCACAUAGACGAGGACGCAGCUGUCAGGUUUAUUUUGAAACACGCGCUUGACGCUCCGGAGAGAGCGGUAUGGAGGGACGGCGACUAUGCUUUCGGCCUUCUUAAAACUAGCAAUACUUUAUCCGGAAGUAACGAAGAGGAUGCAGUUUUAUGUCCACGACUUCAUUUGUCCGGAAAUACUGGAUAGUACUGGAAGUCGUUAAAAGGAAUACGGAAACUUCAUACAUCAUCUACUAGCGGUGUGAUAUAAUUAUAAAAAUAAAGUUUAUUGUCGUU